AUGCGUUGUGCUCGCCAGGAUGAAAAGUGGUUGCAAGCACACAUGAUCUUGGUGAUCUGGGAUUCUUCGAAUUCGCCAAGCUUCAGGGAGGUGCUUCGUUGGAAGCGGGUGCAGCGGCGGGUAAGGUGGAAAGAGACUAGCACCCUAGGAGCUGUUGAGAAAGAGUGCAGCGAAUUGGAGCUGUGCGAUCAAUAAGACUUGAAUGGGCCCAGCCAUGCGGACGGUG